UCAGAAAUCCCACAUUUCUCUGUUUUUUAUGCUGUGGUGACUCCCUAAAAGCACACGUUUAGGAUUCAUUAAACAUGUUGAGCUUUAUAUGUACUUAAACGUUAUUUUGGCUAGAAACCGCUGACACCGUAGCGCUGUUUAUAACUGGUUUAAAGUGUCGGAAAGGCGAAAAACAUGACUGCCAAUGAAGACCAGGAGAUGGAGCUGGAGGCUCUGCGCUCCAUCUAUGAAGGAGAUGACUGUUUUAAAGAGCUCAGUCCUGUUUCAUUUCAGUUCAGGGUAGGAGAUCUUGAUGACUCCAAAUCCUUCCUGCUUGAAGUGUCUUGGCCAGAAAACUAUCCUGAAACUGCACCACGCAUAUCAUUAGAUGCUUUUUUUAACAACAGACUAUCUGCACAGACAAAGCAGUACAUUCUUUCAAAGAUGAGUGAACAGGUGGAAGCCAACCUGGGCACUGCCAUGAUGUACACACUUUUUGAGUGGGCCAAAGAGAGCCAGGAAACUCUCAUGGAAAACCACCAGCCUGUGAUGUCUGCUGUGACCUUGAUAUCCAGCGGCGAUGUCAUGAAUAAUUCCACCUCUGUCAGUAAGAAGAAGGAGAAGAAAGAGCAACUAACUAAAGCACAGAAGAGGAAACUGAUUGGAAGAACAGAUAAUAAGGGUGAACUGCCAAGAGGAUGGAACUGGGUGGAUGUUAUUAAGGUAAUGUAAAAUGGGAAGAUGUACUAUGAAAAGGCAUUCUUAAAUUCAGAAACAUGUUUUAUAACUUGUCUUUUUUUCUCUUUCUCUUUCACAUGGGGAUUGUGUCCACACACUGCUACAUUUUCAUCCACCAAAUAGCAUCUGAGCAAAACUGGAGGAAAAGAUGAUGAUUAAAGAGAUGCUUCAGAAGGACUGAUUUCAGUAUUGCCGGAUGAAUGUAUGGGGAAAUUGUUUCUCUGUACAAUUUUUUUAUAUAUAUGAAAACUGAACUGAAUUCUCUAGCCAUGAUUUCAAUUCACCUGAAACUGUGAGAGGUGAUUUGACACAAGGAACUUUGCCCUCACGAAGACAUCCUCGGAGCCUCAGUAGUGUGUGCUAAAUUAUGCUGAGCCACAAAUGAACAUCAUGUGGCUUGUGAUAGGUGGAAAAUGCUCAUGAUUUGGAACUAGUAGAACAGUUUAGUGUUACGUAAUAAAGAGAACAUAAGUGUUCUGUCAUCUAGUGUAAUGUUAAUUUAAAAAAAGUCAUCAAGUGUACUUUGAGUGCAAUCUACUCUUUGCUGACAGGGUUACUGAAAUGAAAUAAGUAUGCAUUAGCUGGUAAUGUAAAUUUAUCAUGGGUGGCCCAAUGAGGACAUUUGAAUAAGUACUAAAAUAUGUAUGUAUUAAUAAAACAUUUUCUGAGGAAACCCUUUGUAUUUUUUUAAACAAAAAACAAAAACAUUUUGUUAUAUGCUAACGAUAUUUUUGUGGGGUAUGUGGGUGUGGGCUUAUGAAGAAAUAAAGUGUUUUACGGACAAAA